CUUUUGUGGCGACUACUCGAAGCUUUCUGUUCCCGAAUCAAUAAUUCAUACUUGUUGAAUAAAAGGACGAGGCUUGAAGAAAAUAUGUCUUUCCGGGAUUUGAGAAAUUUUAGCGAAGACAUGCGAGCGCUAGGUUUUCCAAGACCUAUAUCCCUGGAGAGUUUCCGGAUUCCAAAUUGGGAGCUGCUGGAACUCUGUCUCCGCUGGCUGGUGGCCAGGGUGGAGCCGGAGAUGAUUUUACGGGGGGACAAGAAUAGUAUAGAACAACGCGUUAUCAUGGCGGCGCAUGCCGUUCAGUUGUUUAAAGCCCGCGUAAACAUCGAGGUGAACGGUUCAAAGCUAUACCGAGCGGACGGGUGGGCGGUGCGCGAAAUGCAGAAGGUGUCCUCGCUGCUGCGGGAGUCGCUGCUGGCGCCGCCGCCGGACCAGCAGGAGGCCGCCGCGGCAGCACCGUUUGAUGUUAGCAACCGCGUUGGCGAAAUAAAGGAUGCGCGAACUCUGGCCACGGAUAUUGUUGCUGAAGGAGCUUAUCUGUACGAUCUAUUUACCAAAGAACUGGAAAAUAAGGAUACCCGUUCGCGCGUGCUCUCUUCCUCCCCCGACAUGGAAAAGUCAGAGGCCGCGCUAAAUAGUGGCAUAGAAUCCGUCUCGGAGAGUGUGACGUCAGCGCGGGAACAGAUCGACAACGUGGCGGCGAGCGAAGCCGCGCUCGAUGCGAAGCUAGAACGGCGGCGGGCCGAGCUGCAGCGCGCUGAGAAGCGGCUGCAUACCGUGCAGCAGAUCAAACCAAUGUACCAAGAAGAGUUGUCAAGCAUUCAGAAAGAGAUAGAAAAGAAGUGGAACAGCUACGCGCUGCGGUACCGCGCCGUACAGACGCUCAAACACGAGCUCAGCCUCAUCAAUGCCGUUCAGACUGAGGAAGCCAUCAGAGUGGGUACGUCCAUCAUGGAGCUGAUACACAAGUACGAGAGGGAAGACGUGUUUGCGGAUCCCACUGAUUCAGAGGAGGAGGAGGAUGUGGAGCUGGUGGAGGAGCCGCCGCGACCUUCGUCCAGACCUAACACAAGGCUCAGGAUUAAAACUGCAGGCACUCGUGCCGCUGAGCCCCGCCUGUUCGUGGCCGACCGCGACUCCGUGGACGAGAUCCGCGACGAGGGCGACUCGCACUCCGACUCCGACACCGAGUUCGUUGAGGAGCACUUCUUUGCGAGCGCGGGUCGCUGGUCGCGCCCCAACACGCACUCGCGCAGGAUCGUCAGCGAGCAUGAGUUGGCUGGACUCAUUGAAGGAGUAGAUCACGUGAUAGUGGCAGAAGAAGCGAAUUCUUUGGGAAGUUCAUCCGAGAGCGAACUGCGUCUCGCCAGCCCUCGCUUCGGACGGAACUCAGCUCUUAGUGAUAAUGAGUUUUAACUCCAUUUCACUUAUAAAGCUUUCAUAAUAAUGUAAAAGAUCGUGUGUAACUUGCGAUUUAAUCCAAUUUUAAAGUUAUAUCAUGUACCCAUUUAUCUACUUUGAAGUAAUUCUGUAUGAAAUAUUAUGUAGCAAUGAUCAUAAUAUAAAAAAAAACACAAAAAGAAGAAAAAAUGCAAAAAAAAAAGUAUUGUAGAGAAAUCUUGUGUAACACGCGAUUAAACUAUGUAUUAUUCAAUUUUAAAUACCAUGUAUCCACUUAUUCACUUUUAAGUAAUUCUGUAGCUCAUAUUAUAAGGGUCGUAAAAUUAAAAAAUGUGCA